UUUUUACCUAGAAAGAGGAACAACCAGGGAGGCAUUCGUGAUUCUGGUUUGCACGGGCAACAGGUAGCUAGUUUCCAGAAAUAACUUGUACCCUCGACCUCCCUUCCUCUCCCACUGCCCUUGGAUCUUCCCCCUCUCAACACCAGGACAGGAAUGGCAACUCUGAAAAACCUCCCAUCUCAGGACUAACCACUUCACCCCCACUGUGCUUUGUCGUUUAAAUGACACCAUGAGGACCCUUACACAUCUUUCCAGAAACAUUUCAAGUUGAGGGUAGGAAAUGGCAUAGAAGAGAAAAGGUGAAUUUGAGUUUGGUUAUCACUAAGUAAAGACCCUGAGAUGCUGUGCAGACGUGACAAAAUGGUUGGCACCGUGUCAAGAGAGGAGAGAGAAGGGAGAGACGCGAGGCACCGGAGCCAGGGGCCACCCCCACCCCCCACCCCCACCGCAUUGCUCUGGAGUCUGUGGCUUAAGUGGGAGGAGAAAGCCGGUUCACAGACCUGAAGAGCAGAGCGUGGGUAUAAAAGGGUGAGGUGCCUCUUCUGCACCACCUCUCCAGGGCACUGCACCUCUUAAGAGAGCCUGGCUGCCCUUUAUCAGACACUGCCUUCUGCCACCGGGAAGCCCGCUGGAGGUCUGGCUUUUCCUGUGCUCCCCAGAGCCAGGACACUGCUGAUUCACGUCUGUCGUGUAUGGAGAAGGAAAGAUGAACGGACAGUCUUUGAGUGGUGGCACUGAUGACUCCCAUCAUGAUCCUCUUUGGAUAGACCCUUUUGGAAAUAGAGCCGGUAAGGCAGCGCCAGGAGGCUUCAGACGGCUAAACUUGUUCCUGGCACAAAGGUGGCAAGAACAGGAGCCAGAGGAAGAAAUGGCCAUGGAAGAUAUUCCCACUAUGGUUAAAGUAGACCGAGGUGAAAGCCAGAUUUUAUCCUGCCGGGGGAGAAGGUGUGGCCUCAAAGUACUUGGCUAUGUCACGGGAGAUAUGAAGGAAUUCGCCAACUGGCUUAAAGACAAGCCUGUGGUGCUCCAGUUCAUGGACUGGAUACUUCGUGGCAUAUCCCAGGUGGUGUUUGUCAGCAACCCCAUCAGUGGAAUCCUGAUUCUGGCGGGACUUCUGGUCCAGAACCCCUGGUGGGCGCUCUGUGGCUGUGUAGGAACCGUGGUCUCCACUCUGACCGCCCUCUUGCUUAGCCAAGACAGAUCAGCGAUAGCAGCCGGGCUCCAGGGUUACAAUGCCACCCUGGUGGGAAUACUCAUGGCUGUCUUCUCAGACAAGGGCGACUACUUCUGGUGGUUGAUAUUCCCUGUAUCUGCUAUGUCUAUGACUUGCCCGGUUUUCUCGAGCGCGUUGAGCUCCCUGUUCAGCAAGUGGGACCUGCCCGUCUUCACUCUUCCUUUCAACAUGGCUUUGUCGCUGUACCUUUCAGCCACAGGACACUACAAUACGUUUUUCCCAAGUAAACUCUUCAUGCCUGUCAGCUCCGUGCCCAACAUCACGUGGUCCGAGCUCAGCGCCCUGGAGCUGUUGAAGUCUCUUCCGGUGGGAGUCGGUCAGAUAUAUGGCUGUGAUAACCCGUGGACAGGGGCCAUUUUCCUGUGUGCCAUCCUGCUUUCCUCCCCACUCAUGUGCCUGCACGCUGCUAUCGGAUCGUUGCUGGGAGUCAUCGCAGGUCUCAGUCUUGCAGCUCCGUUUAAAGAUAUCUACUCUGGGCUCUGGGGUUUCAACAGUUCCCUGGCUUGCAUUGCGAUCGGAGGGAUGUUCAUGGCACUCACCUGGCAGACCCAUCUCCUGGCCCUUGCCUGUGCCCUGUUCACUGCCUACUUUGGAGCCUGUAUGACACACCUGAUGGCUGCGGUUCACCUGCCAGCUUGUACCUGGUCCUUCUGCUUGGCCACACUACUCUUUCUCCUGCUGACCACGGAAAAUCCCAAUAUCUACAGGAUGCCCCUCAGCAAAGUUACCUACUCCGAGGAGAACCGCAUCUUCUACCUACAAAACAAGAAAAGGGUGGUCGACAGCCCGCUGUAAGAGCAACUCCACCCAACCGCCGUGGUCACGGGUCAAUUCUAAGCAGAGUUCUAGUUGCCUUCCGGGUUCUCCCAAUUGCUUUUCUUCACUUGGAACAGCUCUCGUACUAUCAGGGACUCGUACUUUUGCUUGCUCCGUUUUCCUUCUUGACCGUAUAUUGCCAAUCAUAUGAGAGCGGUGUCCAGGUGAUGUUCUCUGGAAUGGAAUUUAGACCCCACUGUGUGUUGUGGGGUUUGGCAGGAGUAUCACUAAGACUGUAUUCACAGUCAAAAUGCUCCAAUGGAGAGAAGAAAUGGAUGCCGCAGCAAUUAUUGUCCUUUAAAGCUACCUUCAGUGUCAGUAUUAACAAUGGAGCUCUGAAAGCCUAGCAGAACUCACAGGCAAAACAGCCCAGCAUGCUCAGAUAGGCUGUGUGCUCUCAGAAUCAGUGCAAAUUCCUCACAGCAACUGUGUCCAACACCGCAGUGGGGCAGGUUGACCAAAGCGCUGGUCCUCAGCUCACCAGGAGAGUAUGAACGGUCUCCUCAUGAGGAUGGUUAGGGUGUUUUUCUAAGCUGGCUGAGCUGUGGGAAGGACUUUGUUGGUCAAAUUAGUUUUUACAUUGCCACUCUUGGAGUUUGCAAAAUCUGGUAGAGUUUAUUUAUUCUUUAUGAAAAUAAUAUUUUCCCACUGAUAUAUGCUUGCUGCUCGCCAGUUCUUAGACAUUAACUAAAAUGUGUAAAUGCAUAAAAUACUUAGCAUAGUCGUUUACUUUAGAUAUGUAUGCAUUUUAGUUUGGGGGAAGCGUGUGACAUAGGACCUUGCUAUGUAGCCCAGGCUAGCCUAGAACUGAGCACCCCCCCCCCCGUUUCCAUUCCCUAAGCACCAUUGCUGUAGGUUGGGGGGUUUAAGUGUUUCAAAUAUAAGGCAACUUGUGUCUGUGGCCUUUUCAAGCCAUGGUUUAAUGAAUUUGAGGGUAUCAUCUGAACCAGCAGCCAAGCCACACUCACAUGGUCUUUUCAAGAGCUUUUUAAUUUCUUUCUUUCUUUCUUUCUUUCUUUCUUUCUUUCUUCUUUCUUUCUUUCUUUCUUCUUUCUUUCUUCUUUUUUCUUUAAUUUCUUUUCUUAAAGGCAUUAUUUUCUGCACACUAAUGUUCUGGCUAGGAAACUAAAUUAAUAUCGGAACCACCUUAUGGAAAUACAGAUAGAGAAUUCUACGGGUUUCUUUUUUAAAUUUUUCAUUUAAAAGUUGUAGUUUCUGUAAAAGCUCUAUGACCAAACUUGCUGAAGAGGACAGCACAAAGCUCCACUCACCGCCUGCCACCCAUCCAAUGAAAUUCAUUGGGGGGGGUUGGGAAAGUGAAAAUUUCAAAUCCUAAAGAUUUUCUUUUUCCUAUAGAGUUUGUUGCUGUUGCCCGAAAUCCUAGCACUUAGAUAGGAGGCCCACAAGUUUAAGAGGAACCAGUAUGGGCUACACUGAAUGACCCUGUCUCCAAAACCCAAACAAAUAAAAACAAUCACCCCUUUUCAAAAGUCAGGGUUAACUGGGCAGUGGUGGUGGGUGGCAGGCGGAUUUGUGAGUUCAAGGCCAGCCUGGUCUACAGAGGGAGUUCUAGGACAGCCAGGGCUACGCAGAGAAACCCUAUCUCAAAAAACCAAAAGCAGAAAAUAGUACUGAGAGGACAGUCCUCAGCUUGCCAAAUGGCCGAAGUCAGACUGCAGUGCAAACGCCUUCAGGAGACGGCCACACUCCCUCUUCUCAGGAAUCAAAACAAGAUCUGUGACAACUUUAAAUCUUCUGACCACGGCCCUUUGAAGCCAUGGGUUUGUAGCUGUCAUAGAUUCCUGAGUUGUCCCAUGAAAAACAAUCUGGAUUUCCAGUGUUUGAACUGAAAUUUUCCUGUUUGGAGUUUGUGAAGUAAACGUUGGGGACAGCAAGAAGUAACUUGUAUGCACAUGCAGAGACGAAGCGAAGAGGUCGGAUCCCAGCAGAGUGGACCAAAGCAUCUACAAAACAACUGAGGCCAUCCCAGCAACAAAGCUCUGACUGGCCUAAGGCAACACCAUCUCAGAUCUGCAAACAGGAACACGCUGAAGCCUUCUCUCUUGUUUUAUUUAUGUGAUAUCAGUGUCUUCAAGGUAUUUUUGUUACUAAGUAUUAUCAUGAAGUUAAGAGAAAACUCUUAGGGGCCAUUUGUACUUUUGUUCCCCCUAUUGUCUGCAUACAGAUCCCUGUGUAAAAAUAUGAAUAAAUUAUACAAACAGCUCA